UUUUUCAUUUUCUCACUAACCAAACACCCUCCCCCACUCUCCCUACACUCUCUCUUCCACCACCAUCAUAUUUCACGGUAAAAAAGAAAGAGAGAAUGAAAUAUGGUAGGAUUAAGUGUAAUUUUAGAGAAUCAAAAGAGUGGUAGAAAUAUUAAUAUAAUUAGUAAAAAAAGCCCACAAGUUAUUAGCAAAACAAGCAUGUUAAUCAACACCAGCAGCAGCAGCAAAGUUUCUUUUGUACAAUCUGAGUUAAAUUACGGAGCUCCUGCUUUUCUCGAACAAUGCUUUCUUUGCAAACAAAAACUCUUACCUGCCAAAGACAUCUAUAUGUACAAAGGAGAUAAGGGUUUUUGCAGCGUGGAGUGUAGGUGCAGGCAAAUUUUAAUGGACGAAGAAGAGAUUUUAAAGAAAGCAAACUGUUCUUUGGCAGCCAUGAAACCUCCUCCUUCUUCUGCUUCAUCUUCCUCAGCUCACCGCCACGGUAAAGCUGGUAGAAACCAUGCUUGUUGAGGAAGAGCUGCCAAGAACACAAAAACAAGGGUUUUUCUUAUCUUUUGUUUUGUACUAAUUUGCAGUUUUAGUUUGAGGCUAAUUUUGCAAUGAAAAUGUUAAUCCUCUAUCGUUUUGUUUACUAUUCCUGGAUUGAAGGCUGAAAA